GCUUUUUGCGCGGGAAUAGGAAUCAGUUCAGAGCCGUAGCCGGUGUCGCUGGGACCCGCUUUUCUACAGGCCGCCUUUCGCUCUGCACCGCUACCAGCCAUGGGGUUGCUGGAGCUGUGUGAGCAAGUGUUCGGCACCGCCGACCUUUACCGAGUGUUGGGCGUGCGGCGUGAGGCCUCAGACGGCGAGGUCCGACGCGGCUACCACAAGGUGUCCCUGCAGGUGCACCCGGACCGGGUGGGCGAGGGCGACAAGGAGGACGCCACCCGCCGCUUCCAGAUCCUUGGGAAAGUCUAUUCCGUUCUGAGUGACAAAGAGCAGAGAGCAGUGUACGAUGAGCAGGGAACAGUGGACGAGGAUUCCGGUGUGCUGAACCAAGACCGGGACUGGGAAGCCUACUGGAGGUUACUCUUUAAAAAGAUAUCUUUAGAAGACAUUCAAGCUUUUGAAAAGGCAUACAAAGGUUCUGAAGAAGAGCUGGCUGAUAUUAAACAGGCCUAUGUGGACUUCAAGGGAGACAUGGAUCAGAUUAUGGAGUCUGUGCUGUGUGUGCAGUACACAGAGGAACCCAGGAUAAGGAACAUUGUUCAGCAAGCCAUUGAUGCUGGAGAGGUCCCAUCCUAUAAUGCCUUUGUCAAGGAAUCGAAGCAAAAGAUGAAUGCAAGGAAAAGGAGGGCUCAGGAAGAGGCUAAAGAAGCAGAAAAGAGCAGGAAGGAGUUGGGACUGGAAGGAGUACAUAACUUAAAAGCAGUCAUUCAGAGCAGACAAAAGGAUCGGCAAAAGGAAAUGGACAGUUUUCUGGCUCAGAUGGAAACAAAGUACUGCAAACCUUCCAAUCGAGGAGGGAAAAAAACAGCUCUCAAGAAAGGAAAGAAAUAAUGGAAUUUUCUCUUCAAAAGUCCUUAGGUGUUAAUUGGUGCCGUUAUAGGCAAGGUACAGUCAAGAUUUGAAGACAAAAGUUGAUCCAACCCUUAAGUUGUCUUUCCUGCCUAAACUAUUCAGAUUGAUUGAUUGUAAACCAGAAUCUCUCAACCCGAUCUUAGUAGACCCUAGAAAUUCCCUGACAUUCUGUGCAGUCCCGGUAUGAAGAAAUUUGGUGGUGACUGUUGAGGAAAGAGGAGGUUGGUAUACUUCCUGACAGCACUUGCUUCUGUGGAGAUUCUGUACAAGAAACUAUUUAGAA